UAAGGAGAAGCUUUCAUCUUGACUCACCUUCAUAAAGGAUUACGAUAUCUUCGGGAGAGACUACUUGACAAAUCUGGACCUUGAGUUGCUAAAGGAUAUUUUUCCAGAGGAAUGAGUUUUGAAAUGAAGCACUACUGACGGAUUUACCUGAGGGAAGAAAAUUAACCUCAAUAUCAAUUUUUGGAUAUAUAAUGCUAAUCAGCGAAUUCCGUGAGUUCUGAGGAUAUUGGUUGAGACAAUUGCCCUGGGGGAUAUUUGCUGAAAACACUUGUACCGUGAACAAAGUGUGGGAAUCCCGGCUUACCAUCGACCGUACCAUCGACCGUACCAUCGACCAUACCAUCGACCUUACCAUCAACCUUACCACUGACGAUGAGAUGAUUUCCUGAUGUGUUUACCAGUCGAUUCCCAAGGAUGGGAUUACGGACAUCCUAGAAAUGAUUGUCUUGGAUUACUCAUCUGAGGGGGUCUAACAGACUACAGGCCUUUAACAAAGCAUUCUUAGGGCAGACUUUACGGGAAUCGUUUUUGUUUCGAUUUGUUCUCUGCUGUGACCGUAGUUGCAAAGGUAAAUUUGACUACACGAUGACUAGGUUCAGAGUGUGCAGUUUUCUGUGCAGGCCAUAUCACGGCAUUGACUCGAGGCGUUGGUCGUCAUCGUUGUUUACAUUGACUUUAGUCACGAUUUUCACCUUAGUACAAGUACCUCAAAGCUCAUCACAAAGACUUGAGUGCUCACACGUAGACUUGGUAAACCUGGUAAACUACAACUCCUUCAGAACCGUAGACGUUGGGCAACAGACAUGUGGUAUAGACAAUCAGACGCAGUACCAGUCACUUGACACUUCAAAUAGUGACAUUCUAACGUGUAGUCCAACGUCCUUCCCGCCCACGGGGCUAUCGGAUAAAAACAAUGAAAACACUUGUGAAAUGAUCCCGAAUUUCGACACUUUCUGGCAAACCAAAAACACCAUCUCUACCGCUGGCGCUGAACCGGAUGCCGUGACGAUCGUGGCGAAUUUUACUAACAAAUUUGAGAUCCGUAUAAUAAGACUUGUCUUCGGACAGUUCACUUCCACGACAGACGGGCGUCCCAAGGCCGUGGUUUACGAAAAGUAUGAUUCACAAAACCUAUGGGUGCCUUUGAAGUACGAAGCAGCUGACUGCUCCGAGUCGUACCCAGGUGUAACCACCAAGGCUUCACCAAUGUCCGCGUACUGUGCAACUAGGUCAUCUGGAACAGCGCCGUACAUAUUGAGUUUUUCACCAUGGGAAGAAUUCGGGGAGUACAAGAGUAAGGUGGAAGUUCGGGAUUACUACACAACGUCAGCUAUCAGAGUGAGACUGACCCAACCAUCGUCGUCAGAACCGUUGAGAUCUUAUUACCGAGUGUAUGAUCUAGGCGUUGACGGAUCUUGUGCCUGUUAUGAUCACAGUAGUGCCUGCUUAGGACCCAAUGCAGCAGAAUGUGAGUGUGUGCACAACACGAUGGAGCCCCAUUGUAAGGAAUGCCUUCCUCUGUACAACAACAAGACGUGGGAAAUGGGACCCAGUUUCCAGUGCGAAAAAUGUGACUGUAACGAACAUGCAUCGGCCUGUCAUUUUGACGACGUCAAAGGUUUUGGAGUCUGUGACAACUGUGAGGAAAACACCGCUGGGGAUUUCUGUGAACUGUGUAACCCUGGAUAUCGCAGAAAUCCAUCCAAUCAAAACCCCAGAAUAAAUAUGAUUGGACUCGAAACAGGAACUUGCUCUGGCUUCAACGGCUCGAGUGUUGUCAAUUACAACUGUAGCAGCUGGUGUGUCCCCUGUGAUUGUCAUGUUAACGGGACUAAAAACAACGUUUACACGUGCGAUGUCAACGGUCAGUGUGACUGCAAAGAUAACGUGAUGGGUGACAGAUGUGGCCAGUGUUUGGACAACUUCUGGGAACUGCGUUCCGAAAACCCGUUAGGAUGCAGACCUUGUGAUUGUGACAUUAGCGGUACUCAGAACAACACCAAUCUGUGCAACAAGACAACUGGCCAGUGUCUGUGCAAAACUUACACCGAAGGGGAAAGAUGUGACAGGUGUAAGGCCGAGUUCUACAAUCUGAACAUCGAUAACCCGGACGGUUGCAGCCCGUGCAACUGUGACCCCGGUGGAGCGCUAAGCCCCUCGUGUCCCAUUACUGGGGGACAGUGUGAUUGCCGCCCAGGUCUGUCAGGUCUGCAAUGCAAACAACCCGACACGGGCAUGUUCAUCCCGAAGAUGGACUACUACCUGUUUGAGGCAGAAUUCCAGACUCCGUUGAGUGGGACAGUCGUCGAGAGAGAAGGCCACGGGUUGGAAGGUGCCACAGUAACAGGUCAUGGGUUUGUCGAGCUAGGCCCCUCCCAGUCUGUCACAUUCAGCGUCAGUGUGAAGGCCACACAGCUGUACGAGCUCGUCAUCAGAUAUGAGACUGAUACCGUUUGGCCUGAUGUUGGAGUCCUGGUAGCUAUGGUUGGUGGCGCCCCUUAUACCUGCGAUGGACAAGAUUUUUCAGCGGGAGAACAGUUUACUGGAUCUAUCGAAAUCCCGAUCGCACCAUCAGCUGGAGCUGUAAGCGCCUUGAAGGCCUGUCUGUCUGCAGGAGAGUCUUACACCGUGACGACCACCUUGGCAAACGACAUUGUGGGGAGUUCAGGGGCACGGAUUCUCGUCGAUUCGAUUGUCCUUCUACCUGAUAUUACCAAGUUACAGAUGUUCGGUCGUAUUGGCAACACCAGUCUGGCUCUGCAGUGUUACGAGGCGACGAAAUCAGUCUUAGGUUCCCAAGCAGUAGAUCCUCUAUGUGCACAACUCGGUUAUUCUGCCAUGGCCGAACUGCUGAAUGGCGCUCAACCUUGUGAUUGUGGAUCUGAAGGCGUGGAGCCAGGCACGGUGUGUGAUCCGUUUGGCGGGCAGUGUGUGUGUAAAAAAGGGGUAAUAAUGCCGGGUUGCACAACUUGCAAAGUGUUCCACUACGACACCACUAUUGCUGAUGGAUGCAUUGCAUGCGAUUGUGACCCUAACGGAUCCUUGUCCCUGGCCUGUAACGAAACAGGAGUAUGUUCCUGCAAGACAAAUGUGACCGGUGUCAAGUGUGACACCUGUCUUGUUGAACAUUACGGCCUCGCGACAGGUAACGGCUGUCAGAUAUGCACCUGUAACCCCCAGUACAGCCUCAGUAACGCCUGUCAGGACAAUGGCCAGUGCGACUGCAAACCCGGCGUCUCGGGCCUCUUCUGUGACGACUGUGACGAUGGAUGGUUUAAUCUUACCACGGAUGGCUGCACCUCGUGCGGGUGUGACCCGGGUGGAAGAACUGCUGACGCCUGUAACAAAGAUACAGGCGUUUGUCACUGUAAGGACCAGGUACAGGGCAACACCUGUAACCAGUGUAACGCAGGUCACUACGGCCUGGGUCUCUGGCACCCGGACGGUUGCCUCCCUUGCCUGUGUUCCUCUCAUUCCACCAAUUGUUCCUCCGCGGAGGGAUUUUAUGACACCAUGGCGAGGAGCACGUGGACUCUGUCGAACCCGAGCGCCGUUGAUGCAAGAUGGUUGGGCGAAGACGAUGACAGCAAGGAGGUCUUUGUUGAUAACCCUACUGUUUUCUUCUCCGGUCAGACAACGGCACAGUACGUCAUGGAGAUAAAGAAUUCGCCUCAGUACCUGCAAAGCCAGGCGCUCUACUUUCUGGCGCCGCCCAAGUAUUUGGGCGACAAGCGCUCGGCCUAUGGACGAUUUCUCACCUUUUUUCUCCGCUCUUCUGCCCUAGAAGGAUUUCUAGAAGAUACCUUAGGAGACUUAGUUCUCCGCGGUACUGCACUGGCUUACUCACUCGUGACGAAGCUUAGUGUGUACCCAGGAGACGGGCCUACUGAAUAUAGGAUUCCUCUUCUUGAAAGUGAGUUUAAAGUUGACAGAACAGAUGGAGUUGGAGCCACUUUCCUGCAGAUGAUGGAAACGCUAUCCUCUCUGCAGGCUAUCAAGAUACGAGCUAAAUACGUCAAUAAAACAGACGCCUUUGUCCAAUUGUCGCAAGCUUCCAUGCAGUUCUCUUCUCGUGACAACUCUUCCGGGAUUCCCGUGAACAACGUAGAGCAGUGCGUUUGUCCUGAUGGCUACAAUGGUCAGUUUUGCGAGCAAUGUGCCCCUUCUUUCCGGCGAGAUCCUGCCACCCCCGGGUCAUUUGGUAAAUGUGUGGGGUGCCAAUGUAACGGCCACGAGCUCGACGCGUGUGACGCAGAGACGGGCAAGUGUAACUGUACACACAACACUGAGGGAGACAACUGUGAGAAAUGCCUGCCCGGUUUCUAUGGCGACGCCGGCCUUGGAACUCCAGACGCUUGUAAGCCAUGCAUGUGCCCGGGAAAUGUGGUAGAUGGCACUGUGAACGCCUUUGCCUCUGGAUGUGACGCCACGGGCAAGUGUAUCAACUGCACUGCUGGUCACCAAGGAGACCGCUGUGAGAUGUGUAUUGAGGGCUAUUACGGGGUGCCUGAAAAUGCAACAAACAAUAAUGGACGCUGUGUGCAAUGCGUGUGCAAUGGGAGAGCGGACACGUGCGAUUCGCAGACAGGAGUUUGCAUAAACUGUCGUAACAACACAAGUGGGAAAGAGUGCGACAUCUGUGAUCAGCCAUAUUUUGGGGAUGCUAUGUCGAACAGCUGUUCGCUGUGUAAUUGCUCCAUGAUAGGAGCUACUGGAGAUUGUGACCCAUCUAGUGGACAGUGUAUGUGUCAUCCAUAUGUUAAGGGAUUUUACUGUGAUAGAUGCAUGGCCAACUCUUACAACUACACCAACACGGGCUGUACCCAGUGCGACUGCCAUCCCCAAGGUGGGAUUGGAAUGGCGUGUAACUUGACAACUGGACAGUGCGCUUGUAGAGAUCAUGUGGUAGGAAGGCGAUGUGAUUUCUGUGAAGACACUUUCUAUGCUGUGACAGACACUGGAUGUAAACCUUGUGAAUGCAGGCCGGAAGGGAUUGCCAACAUCACUGGUAAAACCUUCGGCUCCUGUAACGUCACCACCGGCCAGUGCGACUGCGCUAAACCAGGCAUUAUUGGCAGAACAUGUGACAGGUGUUCCAAGUCAUCCAAAAACACCUAUGAAUAUGUUACGGUUUUCGACUUGGGCGUGUAUCCUAACUGUGAAGUCUGUGGUGAUUGCUUCGACGACUGGGCAACCAAAAUUGACGAGGUCGGACGUGCCAUUGACACGUUAAAUGGGGAUGCCAAAGCAAUCUGGAGUAACUAUGAUAAUCGACAGGCCAGCGAUGUAGAGAUAACCAUCAACAAUACUGCUACGGGGGUGCAGUCAUCUCUCCAAGGGGUCCAGGAUCUGCAGGGCUUCCUGUCAACUCUGCGUAACUUACAACAGAAUUAUGAUAACGUUAAAUCGUCUGUGAACGCUACCCAUCAAGAUCUGGACGGCUUGAAUGCUGAAAUGGUUCAAAUCCAAGCCGAGUUGGACAGCCUGCGUCAGUAUGUCGGCAGCGGCGUUUCACCGAGCGGUACAACCUUGUCUCUGCAGCAACUGCAGUCUGAGAUUACUACGCAAGCAACUUCUCAAGACGACCUCUUCACUCAAGGUGACGCCGCCUUCACAGAAUUGUCGGGCUUGGCGGACCUUGUGCAAACGGUGGAUAAUCAGAUAAGCCUUCUGCAGCAGCGGGUAGAUUCGGCAAAAAAUGAUUUACAGAAUGCGAAAACCAGUCGCGCUAACGCUCAGGACCAGAUUGGACCUACGUUUCAAACGGCUUUCCAAACCAACCAGGACAAUUUGCUGAGCGUCUCCAGCGAGUUAGACACCAUUGAAAGAGUAAACACAGGGGCGAGCAACAACAUCGCCCUGGCGGAAAACCUUUUAGCAACGUCCAACCAGACGCUGGGUUUUGCGCAGAUUCUACUUCAGACGAAAAGUACUGACACGUCCAAGGUGAUGGAUCAAGCUUUGAUAGCCAAUCAAAAUGCCACGGAUGCUUUGAGCUUGACCAAUGGGGCUAAAAGUCAAGUCAGCGGGUUUAGGGAUGUCGCCACCCAAGCCAAGACAGACUUGACGAAAGCGGUCUCGGACUUAGCAGAAGGAUUACAGCUGGUGACUAACGCCAACACGAACGUGAACAAGGCUAGGACACUUGUGCAAACCAUCCAAGCAACAUCUCUGCGCCCAUUUUCCGACAUGCAGGCUAUAACUGCCGACAUCCGAGGAGCCCCAGUCCAAGCAGCUGAAGUGGACACCGCCAACCAGGAUGCAAACAGUGCUCUGGUGACGGCGCUGGAAGUAGAAGAGGUCACCUCUCAGGCCGUAUCCGAGUCUCGACUGGCACAGCAUGAGCUGGACGCCCUCAAUAGUAAUCUGAACUCCUCAGCUGUCCUAAGGGGAACAACUCAGUCUUUGGUUGCAGACACCGAUACUAUGGAAACGAACAUUCAAAGCGUUAUUGACCAGGUGAAUACAAAGGCUGCCAAUGCGCACCAAAGAGCGCUAGAAACAGAAGAGCAGGCCAACAGCCUUUCUCUUUCCAUAGCGACCGUUACAAGCUGCCUGUCCACGGCAACUACUGAUGCUAACAGUGCUCACCAGGUGGCGUUGGAGGCGGAAGCGAUACAGGAAAGCGCUCAACAGCAACACAACCUGAACAGUGGCCUGAUCACGAACAUUAGCGCUGUGCUGAACGUUCAGAAGUCACGUCCAGGCUACGAGCUGGCCGUGGAGGCCAAUAGUGCCAUAGACAGCCUCUCCGCCGAUCUGACUGCGGCUGCCGAUGUGGCUGAGCUACAAGAUAUCAUCAACACUCUGACUAACCAGCAAUCUACCAUAACCGGCCUUCAGGACGACAUUUCACGGAUGGAAUCAGAAAUGGAAAAUAUGAUAACCAAUCUAGAGGGAUACGAUCCUGACAAUACCAUAUGUCACCAGAACUGAGCAUGCGUGAAAGUCGCUAACCAGGAGCAGUAUCUGUCACUUUUGUAGCAACUGACGUGAAGAGCUGAUUCAUCGAAAACAUAUCAACAACGUUGUCAUUUGUGUAAACGUGUAAUACUACAACGUUGUCAUUUGUGUAAACGUACAAUACUACAACGUUGUCAUUUGUGUAAACGUACAAUACUACAACGUUGUCAUUUGUGUAAACGUGCAAUACCACAACGUUGCUAUUUAUGUAUACGUGUCAGACAACGUGUAAGUUGCUAUUUGUGUACACGCAUAACACAACAACACUGGUGUUUGUGCACACGUAUAGCACAACAUUGCUGUUAGUGCACACGUGUAACAUAAAAACUUUGCUCUUUGUGCACACGCAUAACCCAGUUAAGUUCAAGUCUUUUUGAUAUUUAGGUUAGGUUUGUACAUCCCGAUUGUUAAGUAAACUAGAUUAGAUUACAAAAACAUUCUGUAAAAAACAAUCUUCGAAAAUCACUUUCCCAGUUAUAAUGCAUGAUUAAUGUCGCAAUAUCAUUCGUCAUUGUCAGAACAUGUCCUGUGGAAAAGCAGUCUUCUUUUGAACAUGUAGCGUUCAUAUUCAGAUUAGUUAUGUUGUUUUUUCUUGCUUGAAUUUGUAAUCUCUAGGGAGUCUUCGUUUCAUACAUUGAACUUGUAAAGUCGAUAUCUCCGGAGAUGGGUGAGAGAGAAAAGAAAGGUACAUGUACGAAACAAAGAGUUCAAUAAAUGAUUUAUUGCCCUCGGCUAGACAAAUAGCACCGUAGUGCUUAUUAUGUAUGUUUCAUGUAAAUGGUGAAACGCCAGACUUUCACUUUGAGAAGUUUGUUUGUUAUAUUUCUAGUAAAUGCUAUCUGUACAUAUCGCUUGUCCCGUUUCGUACAUUCCUUAGGUGAAAGUAGCUUUUUUAUCAUUCACUGUUUAAAACUUCCGAUUUUAUGAUCAUAUUGAUGAUCAGGAACACAUAUCUGCCUUUUUCACAGUUAGGCGUUAUUUAAUAUUCAAUCAAUAUAUAUCUGUAAUCUGCUAUAUGUCUGUUAUCACUGUUACCGUAACAGUUUUUAUUUCAACAAUAUUCGUAAUCGAAUAUUUCUCUUAUUUAGGUAUGUAAAGCAACUGGUAACAUGCAAUAUUUAAGCGAUAAUUACUUUUGUUCAGGAGAGGGAGGAUUGGCAAUGACGUGAACCCGUCCAAAUUGAGCAGUAUGAUUUAGUGCGAGUAACUGUCAACAUAUGUUAGGCAACGUGUAACAUGAUAAACCUCUGUGAGGGUCAAGUUUUUUUUUAGCACGAGCUAUCAGAUGUAUAUGUUUGGUGACUGGGGAGCCGAGCAGUGACUGAAAUCUUGUUUUUAAUUCACAAUACUGGUAUUCCAAAUCUUACCUUUCUCUUAUUCUUGCUGAAAACAUUGACGAGAGUACACUGAAGCCAAUACUUGUUAGUCAUAUGAGAAAUCGUAUUUAAUUUGUGAUAUGAAGUAAACAUAAUUACUAAUACCUUUGUAAAACAUAACGGUGUUGAUAUUGACCUUUACAGCCGACAGUUAGGCUCUGUGAUUGAAUGUAGUUUGUGGAUGAUUACGGGUAUAUCAGAGGUGCAAAUGGCAUCAGUCAAUGGGCUACUGCUGGGCAUUUCAUAAAGCUCGCGGAGCAUUACCUGCAACUGGGUAAUGUAUGGUCAUCCAUUUGUAAGUCACGGCGGUAGGUGUAAUUUUUAAAGUUUAAAUGAUAACAGGCAGGUCUUUGUCCAGAUACAUGUAGCAUUAUGUCGAAAACGAAACCGGAAGUCAAGAAAGGAACAGUUAAACGCAGUUUUUUAAAUUGCGCAUAGUUGAAUAGAUGAUGUUUUGUUCAUGGGUAAAUCUGUCAACAAAAUUCCUCGUGAGUUGUAAAUUUUAUAUCUCGGCUUUGUGGAUAUGUUAACACAAGCAUCAAGACAUCCGGCUGCCUACUAGCGACAAAAAGCAAAAAGAGAAAGAAAACGACUGUGCCUAAGUCCGUGACUUUGCGAUGAAAGAGAUGCAGUAAAGGUGCCAUGUUACUAGAAUCGUGCAGCCUGCUCAGCGUUGAUGCGUAUUUUUUGUAGUAUAGACACUUUCACAUGCUUAGUAGUUUCUUUGUUGAGUAAGAGUAUUUACGUUUUGAAAACACCAGGAAUAAUCAUUGCACUCAUGCUACACGUGUAGGUUUUCAUCUUUUCACAUCUUUUGUAAAGAUUCAUCCUGUCAACAGAUUUUGUGCGCUUUUUUUAAAAACUUUUGCGUGCCAUGAAUGCUUCGUUUAAGUUGGUCGUGUAUAGCAGUAAGAAGCAAUACGCCUAACAGGCAGUACCUGUUCUUAUAUUGCCAUGAAUACUUCGUGAAAUUCGAUCGUGUAAUGUAAGGACGUAAAAGGUUACCCAGGCAGUAUCUGCACAUAAGGCCAUGAAUGCUUCGUGAAACUCGCUCGUGUAUUGUAGGGGUGUAUUACGCUAACCCGGUGCUACCUGUAUGCAACGCCAUGAAUGCUUCGUGAAACUCGAUCGUGUAAUGUAGGGACGUAUUGCACCACCAAGGUAGCAGGUGCACGUAAAGCCAUGAAUGCUUCGUGAAACUCGAUCAUGUAAUGUAGGGACAUAUUGCACCACCAAGGUAGCAGGUGCACGUAAAGCCACGAAUGCUUCGUGAAACUCGGUCGCGUAUUGUAGAGACGUAUUACACCGCCCAAAGUAGUGCUUGCACAUCACGCCAUGAAAGCUUUUGAAAUUUGAUCGUAUGUUGCAGGAAAUUGUCUUCGGUCGCCAUGGCUGUGCGUGUACAUAACCCCAUUUUCACUUCGUAGGACUUUUUCCUGUAUUGAAGAAAACGCGUCACCAAGUACGUACUAUAGUGUAUGCACAUAAAGAUGCGUCGUCUUACACAUAGAAAGGCCUAAUUAUACUUUGCCGGGUUAAAUGCUUCCAUAACACGUUUUAUUCAUAUGUACAUAUAUAUGCAAGCUUCAAAUGGCAGCAACUUAUAUUCUGUCGCUUAUUUCGUUUUAGAGCAUUAUUUCUCUUGCCAUAACUACAAGGUGAAGGGUCAUAGGUUUUCUGACAUAGCGUAAAUGUCAUUCUGUGUUUAAUCGGUAUUGGACAAGACACUUUUAGCUUUCCGUUUUUAAAGUGUCUUAAAAACGGAAUUCUUUACAGCAUUAAAAAAAUUCAGGAGUGUGGUUUUGUGUAUGCCAGUUACCAGGCCUAGCGUUUCAUUUGUAACUGAACAGCAUCGUUAUGAUUGUCGCUCAUUAGCAACGAGUUGAGCGGAAAAUGUGUGUUUUUCUUUAAUGACUUAAUACGUGUUUAUAACUUUUUGUCUUGUUUGCUGUCAUUAGUAGGAAGGUAUUUUUGUUUAAAGUUUUGUCAGAAAACAUCACUUUUGGCAUUGAGUGUCAUUAAUUUUGUUUACAAAUCUAUCUCAAUAAACACGUUGUUAUAACCUGA